AAUUGCCCAGCUAUCGAUGAAUCAAUGAUAAAUGUCCAUCUGGUGCCACACAGCCAUAUCGAUGUUGGUUGGCUGAAAACCGUUGAUGAAUAUUACACAGGCGACAACCCCUCUAGUGUACCAACUGUUGGAUGCGUCCGCUGUACCUUGAACACAACGAUCACAGAGCUGCUCAAAGAUGCCACCAGAAGGUUUAUAUUUAUUGAAAUGAAGUACUUCUCUCGCUUCUGGGACGAGGCAGAUGGCAAACUUCGUGAGCAGAUCCGGCAACUUAUCAAGGAACGUCGCUUGGAGAUCGUCAACGGUGGGUGGGUGAUGAGUGACGCCGGAGUGACCAUGUACAACGAUAUCAUUGACCAACACACACUGGGGUUUGAUUUCAUCAGGGAUACCUUCGGCUCUUGUGCCCAGUCCAGAACAGGGUGGCAUGUUGACCAGUUCGGACACUCACGCGAGCACGCCUCGGUGUUCACUCAGAUGGGGUAUGACUCUCUCUUUAUUGGCCGUAUUGACUUUCAAGAUUUAGCGAAUCGAAAAUUGAAGCAACAUCUGGAACUCGUAUGGAAAACUAGUCCUCGAAAUUUGGGUGACCGGGCUACGCUUUUUGUACAGACCACAUACGAUGGCUAUUACGCACCAGCGGAAUACGUGUUUGACAAUAAGCAAAUACAAGUUGACCCUAACGUUCAGGAAAGAUCGGCGUACAAUCUUGUCAGGCUUCUACAGGAAAGG